AUGCCGAGGGAUUUUCGGCACAUGAUCGGCAUUCUGGUUCGAAGUUUUGAAUGCGGGCUCGAUAUUGAACUGAAUCACCUGAUAAACUUGUUGGAGAUCAGAAAAGCUCCGAAGGGAGACAGAUUUUAUAUCUCCAACAAGUCAAACCGCCGGAUCAUAGGUGGUUUUCCAAGCAAGGAUCAGUUUUGGACCAAGCGCUUCUUCUAUGUCUUGGUGAACGAGGCGUCAGUCGGCGAGGAUUACGUUCAAAAAACCAAGACCGCUUGGGGACCACUUGUUCGGAACAUUCUUCCCCCGAUUCCCGACGACCUCUUUGUUGUUCCAGAUUCUCUUGCGGCUCGAAGAGUUAAUUGGAGGAAGCAUUUUUCAUUCGAGAGAGUGGAAAGAGCACGAGCCAUUCUUGCGGGAGUUCCUGUUAGCUCUUCGUCUUCAAAUUCUUCACUAGACACAAGGGAGAAAAUGGUGAUCAUUACCCUUAGAGAUAAGAAAAGGCGCGAAGAAGAAGAAGCUGCGAGACGAGCCGCGGAGGCGGCUCAAGCAGAGACCGAGGCUGUCCCUCAGAAUGAUCCGCCGAGCCGUGAAGGUGAAGGCACGGUCCGAGCCGCGGAGGCAAACAUUACCGAGGCGACCGAGAAAGAAGCAGCCCCCGAGGUGGAACCGGGCGAGAUUAUUCCCGAGGCGCCCAAAGAUGACUCUGCGGCGCAGAGUAAAACUCCUUCAAACUCAGCUAUUCUGGCUCUUCCGAAGUCAUCGAGGCCCCCGACUUCGGUUUUACAGAAGCAUGAUUCCAGCCGAAAACGUUCGGCUGCUGAUAAGGGGAAGGGCGUUGCUAUCCAAAAGGACAAGCCGUCCAAGAAGAAGCGCAAGCAGGCUCCCGGUGAUCCCGCUGCACGCAAACUGGUCGUCGACGACCCCAACGCUUUGGCAAUAAUGUUCGCACGUGUUAACAACGCGAACACGCGUCUUCCUCCUCUUGAGAAGCUGAGGAGACCGAGGUCGUAUGGCGCGAUGGCACAGCGCGGUACCAACUUUGUAAAGGCCAUCAACGAGCUGAUAGCUGAAUACGAGGCAGACCUGUCUAAGGUCGAACGUCGCCUGGACGAGGCUCGGAACAAGACCGCGGCGGCGAAGGGGAAGCUUGACGAGGCGAUGACCCGGGUGUCGAGGCUGGAAGAGGAGAAGAUAGUUCUUCGGGCCGAUAUCGACAAGUUUUCUGCCUCGGUCAUAAGCCUCGAGGAGGCUAGGAGAGCCAAAAGCACCGAGGUGGCGUUGCUUAAAAGGCGUAUCGAGGCCAAGGAUGCCUUGUUUAACGCCAAGGUCAAGCGUGCGAAAAAGGAAGCGAGGCGAGAGCUGACGGCUAAGUUUCAGGAGCGCCUCGCCAAGGUGGAAGAAGGUUUGGCCAAGCUCGAGAAGGCCAAAAUCGACGAGAAUGAGCUUGGGAAAAUCAAGGGCAACCUUGCGAUGAUUGCCGAUCUGAAGAAACCAGACGCCCCAACGCUCGAUGAUGAGGAGGCGAAGCUAAAGAGCUGGGAGAGCGAAUACGCCGACGACGAGGCGUAUGAGCGCAUUGCCUCUGAGAUCCAAGGUGAGCUGGUCUUCUCGCCCGUAUCGCCGGACUUUGUAGACACCAGCCUUGGUAACGAGCCGCUGGAAGAGACAGCGGCCAACUUGGGCAUCGUAGAUCCGACCGGAUCGAAUGCGGGUAUGCCGGCCCUCUCAAACCUCCUUGCCGAGCGUGAAACGCAGUCCGCGGCUUGA